AUGUCGGAGCCGAAGUCGCCGUUCACGCUGCGCCUGCGCAAGCUGCAGUCCAACCCGCUGCUGCAGCGCAAGCAGCUGUGGGUCGACGUGCUGCACCUCGGCCGCGCCAACGUCAGCCGCAAGGAGCUGCAGCAGCGGCUCGCGCAGCAGUUCAAAGUCCCCGACCCGCGCUGCCUCGUGCUCUGCUGCUUCCGCACGGCCUUCGGCGGCGCCCGCAGCAGAGGCCAGGCCCUCAUCUACGAGGACUUCAGGGCGGCCCAGCGUUUCGAGCGGCGCUUCAGGCUCGUGAGGAUGGGGGCUGCGGAGGCGGAGCCCAAGAAGGGGCGCAGGGCCACCAAGGAGCUCAAAAACCGCAGGAAAAAGGUGCGGGGGACGGAGAAGGCGAAGACCCAGGCGGGGAAGCAGAAGUGA